AUGAUUGACCGUUAUGAGGAACUCAUCCUGGUUUUUGAUAAUUUGAGUACGGCAAACAAUGCAAUUGAUAACUCUUUUAUCGCUGUUCUGACGGAGCAUUCGCCUGAUGAAGAUGGCUUCUUGGAAUUUACUGCCAAAAUCAAGACGAAGUCAGAGCUGAUUUGUCAUAACUCGAACGACUCGAAGAAAAAUAUAAAGGAUGAGCUGACAGCUAGGAGACAGGAGAUUGCUGAACUGGUGGAGAAGAAGUAUGCUGCGGACAAAAAAUUGAAUAAUAUCCGGCAGCAACACUCAAAAUUGAUAGAGAUUGAAAACGUAAAGAAAUUCGUUCGUAAAAUGAUGGUCGGAUAUAACAACAAAGUAAAGAAAGUGUGGGAAUCUCUAAAAGGCUGGUUUAAGCAGUACUAUGAAGAUGAAGAGCUUUUGGACGAAGCCUCGAAUUUCCUUCUUCAAUUCAUUCACGUGAUUUCCGCAUUUUCUCGCCUUUACAAUAUUCUAACAGGGCGAAUGGAAGUUGUGGUUUUCAAUGUUGGCGUGGAAGAACAUCAUCUGCAAGAAAUAAAACAACAAAAGCAGGAGCAACAGCAACGACAUCGACAACGACAACAACAAUCGAAUCAAUGUCUGUGUGUAUACAAUGGACGAACCCACGAUUUUUGCUAUCGGUUACCGUGGAAUAAAAGUGUGCACGGUCUACCAUUCAGCUGUGGCAAUGCUCAAUAUUUAGAAAAGCUCAAUUUAUUGGGAGAAGCCAGAACAAGUGGGUUACGGUAUUUCGUGAAUACAAGUGUGGAUGGACUGCCAGAAGUUGUAAUGGUUACCGCAUUUUCGGAUAACCAUUUCAAUGAAGCAAUUGAAAUGGUGCGUUCAUUUCCAAUAAAGGACAGUUAUGGCGUAUCCCCUCUGUUCGCCGAUGUAUUUGUAGGCAAGGCGACUUCAGAGCGGCAGUUCAUCCGAAAAGUGACUCACAAGGGCGAGUCGCUACUCAUUAAGGCAGUUGCAUGCGCUUUGGAAAGAGAGUGCAUGGGACUUGGUUCAGGUGGCAAGAAUUUUGAAGUGCAGUGCAGUUUUGCCAGCGAUGACCACUACAGGAAAUAUGCGCACUGCCAUCGCUUUGACCAAAGUGUUUUCAAUCUUCUGAUGGCCAAUCAAUAUGGCUUCGAGACCAACAGAUAUUUUAAGGAUGGAAAGAAUCUGUUUGAAAUUUAUCGCGGAACAAGUCGAAUCAUCACAGCCGGUAUGCUAAGUUGCGAAGCCCAUGACAAGAUCUGA